GCUAACACCAACACUGUGAGCUUGUUUAUCCGAGACGAGCGCUGUCUUAGCGACAUUAAUGUUACAUUUAGAGCCACUUGAACCCAGUGUGUUCCAGUUAAUGUGUGACUCCUCCUACACUUCAUUUAGAGAUAAAAACUAACCAGAAUGUGUUGUGAUCGAGGGUAGGUGAAGACGAAAAGGGCAUCUCUGACCGAAGCAGCAGCAGCCGCCGCUCGUACUGUAUUCUGCGGAUGAGAGUCGGUGUGUAACCACCCCAGCGGGAGCUCUGCUGUCGAACAGAACCAGCUGAUAUCUGGUGAGAGUGAAAGCAGCAGAGAGGGAGAAACAACAGACUGGCAAAAUGAAAUUCACAGAGCAUCUCUCGGCCCACAUCACGCCGGAGUGGAGGAAACAGUACAUCCAGUAUGAGGCAUUUAAGGAGAUGCUGUAUGCUGCACAGGACCAAGCUCCAUCUAUUGAAGUCACAGAUGAGGAUACAGUCAAGAGGUACUAUGCCAAGUUUGAGGAGACGUUUUUCCAGACCUGUGAAAAGGAGCUGGCCAAGAUCAACACCUUCUAUUCUGAAAAGCUGGCCGAGGCUCAGCGGCGAUUCGCCACACUGCAGAAUGAGCUGCAGUCAUCGCUGGAUGCCCAGAGGGAGAGCUCUGCCAACGGUCUGGGCCUCAGGAGGAGAAAAACUGUCUUUGCCCUUUCACAGAAGGAGAGAUGCAAACACAGAAACAUAAAGGAUUUGCAGCUGGCCUUCUCUGAGUUCUACCUCAGCCUUAUACUCCUGCAGAAUUAUCAGAACCUGAACUUCACAGGGUUCAGGAAGAUCCUGAAGAAGCAUGACAAGAUCUUGGAAACCUCAAAGGGGGCCGAUUGGAGGGUGGCCCAUGUUGAGGUGGCUCCAUUUUAUACAUGCAAGAAGAUCACUCAGCUCAUCUCUGAGACUGAGGCAUUGGUCACAACAGAGCUGGAAGGUGGCGACCGGCAGAAGGCCAUGAAGAGGCUGAGGGUUCCUCCACUUGGAGCUGCACAACCUGCUCCAGCUUGGACUACCUUCAGAGUUGGACUUUACUGUGGAGUAUUCCUUGUCUUGAUUGUCACUGUUGUCAUUACAGGAGCAGUGAUGAUCCACAGUUCUGAUGUCUGGCCUAUGGUCAGGAUCUACAGAGGAGGCUUCCUAUUAAUAGAGUUUCUCUUCCUGUUAGGGAUCAACACCUACGGCUGGAGGCAGGCAGGAGUUAAUCAUGUCCUCAUAUUUGAACUCAAUCCCAGAAAUAACCUGUCCCACCAACAUCUGUUUGAGAUUGCAGGCCUGUUGGGGGUGCUGUGGUGCGUCAGCUUGCUGUCGUGUCUCUUUUAUGACAGCAUCUUCGUACCGAUGCAGGCCAACCCUCUGGCUCUUUAUGGAUUCUUCCUCCUGUUUCUUAUCAACCCCUUGAAGACCUGUUACUACAAGUCACGUUUCUGGUUGCUCAAACUGCUGUUCAGGGUGGUGACCGCUCCGUUUCAUCAUGUUGGAUUUGCAGACUUCUGGCUGGCUGAUCAGUUAAACUCUCUGGUGGUGGUUCUGAUGGAUCUUGAGUACAUGAUCUGUUUCUACAGUUGUGAGCUGGACUGGACAGAACACAAGGGGCUUUUCAUCAAAACAAACAUAAGUAUGUGUAAUACCUACUCCUACGGUGUUCGGGCAGUGAUCAAGUGUCUUCCUGCAUGGUUCCGAUUUGCCCAGUGUCUUCGACGUUAUCGGGACUCCAAGCGGGCCUUUCCUCAUUUGGUUAAUGCUGGGAAGUACUCCACUUCCUUCUUUGUCGUCACCUUCUCAGCCCUGUACAGCACACACAAAGAAUCCGACCCAGAACGAAAGAUUUACUUAUAUUUGUACAUUGCCUGUUUAAUUGUAAGCUCUUGUUAUACACUGAUCUGGGAUCUGAAGAUGGACUGGGGCCUGUUUGACCGCAAUGCAGGAGAAAAUACCUUCCUGAGAGAGGAGAUAGUAUACCCACACAAGGCCUAUUACUACUGUGCUAUAGUAGAGGAUGUUCUCUUACGUUUUGCAUGGAUUUUAACAAUCACUCUCACCUCACUCACCAAUUUUGAAGGCAUCGCUGACAUAUUGGCAACACUGCUGGCUCCGCUGGAGGUCUUUAGGCGCUUUGUGUGGAAUUUCUUCCGACUUGAGAACGAGCAUCUAAAUAACUGUGGUGAGUUCAGAGCGGUCCGAGACAUCAGUGUGGCCCCACUCAACGCUGAUGACCAGACUCUGCUGGAGCAGAUGAUGGACCAGGAGGACGGAGUCAGGAACCGGCAGGGCAAGAAAAGCUGGAAAAGAAGCUACAGCAUGAGUCUGCGCAGGCCACGCCUCACCUCACAAUCAAAAACCCGCGACACCAAAGUUCUAAUUGAGGAUACCGAUGAUGACUCCUGACAUCAGGCCACGCCCCUCGCCUGGGUCCACAAUUUAUUCAAAGGAGGAAACUCUGCCUCCUAAGCGAGAAGUUACCCAGCGAGUGGGCGUUGAACUCAAGAAAGGACAGGUUUGACCUCUGAAUCAUUUUCUAAUUCAUGAGCCUCUGCUGGGCUUCUACAUUAUUUUAAGGGGAGAAUUUUGACCGUUUUGAACAUUUAAACCAGCUCUGUGGCUACUCUCCCUUCAGUAAAAACGUGUCCUAACCCAGUGAGUGGGUGAAAAUCAUCCAGCAGUGGACUCCUUCAUUAUCGCUUUGAGUGUCCUCAGAGCUUCAGCAUGAUCAACGCAGCUAAAGAAAAAGCAAGCAAAUUGGCUUGAGACGUAGUGUUCCUGCCCCUUUUCAGUGCCACUGAACUCACUCUGUUCUUCUGUGUCAUUCCCACACUCCUAACAUGACAGGAAUGCUCAGAAAGGGGCGUUCAGUGACACACGAGUGUCCCUCUGAUCAUUUGGACCAAACAGUGAGAUGCAAUCCCUUCUUCCACAACAAGAUAAAUGAAACUGUCAUCAUGAUGCAGCAGACUGUACUGAUCAAUGAAUGGCAAAGCUAACCCAUCAUUCUCCAUCUGUAACUCAUCAUGUCUCUUCAUCACGGAGCUGCCUUCUUGCACCUUACACACUUUGGAAACACCAACAUGCACUUUUUAGACAAGGUCAAUGGGAAUUCAUUCUAUCUACAAAAGCAAUGAUUUGUUUCGAUGGAACCCAGGGUGAUGAUCAACUCAACACACUGACUAUCAUUAGAAAUGCUGUUUGUAAUUGUGAGACAGUUUGUUAAAAGGUUCAGAAACGACGGUCUGACUGUUUAGAACAGCAGCUGGAAUGACUGUUUAUCUAUGAAUUUCCUUUCCUUUCUAAAAACAGUGAAGAUCCCACAGUCGGUUUCCACUCGGAAAGUGUGAAAGAUGUCUGUCUGUUAGGAGACAGUUCUCCUGAAUGUAUGUGUGUGACUGGGAGAGAUGCCCAAACAAGCUUGCAAGUCGACUAUGAUUCCGAGGGUUUUUAUCUUAUCCCCCAGAAAUCCAGAUUGGAAAUCUGAGGUCUGCGGGACAGAAGGGUAUAGUGUCAUAUUUGUUGUAUAAAACUUGUUGAAUUAAAAUGCAACAAUAAUGAUUA